GCAGAGGAUAUCAAUAGAGCAAAAUCUUGAGAUGGGCUCCAACUCGAUUUCAGCUCCAAACAAGAAGCCUCAUGCCUUGUGCAUCCCAUACCCUGCACAAGGUCACAUAACUCCCAUGCUCAAACUAGCCAAACUUCUACACCACAAAGGCUUUCACAUCUCAUUUGUCAACACAGAAUUUAACCACAAUCGCCUCAUCAAAUCCCGCGGUCCGGACGCCCUGCUUGGCUUGCCGGACUUCAGGUUUUACGCGAUCCCUGAUGGCCUGCCACCCUCACACCCUGAUGCAACUCAAGAUAUCCCAGCCCUCUGCAAGUACACUCCUAUCCACUGCCUGGCUCCUUUCAGCAACCUCAUUUCCAGGCUCAACGACUCGUCGGCCUCGGGGGUGCCUCCCGUGACAUGUAUUGUGUCUGACGGAGUCAUGAGCUUCACUCUCAAAGCUGCUGAAAAAUUUGGUAUUCCUGAAGUUCUGUUGUGGACAACAAGCGCUUGCGGCGUCAUAGCUUAUAUGCACUACCAUAAACUUGUUGAACAAGGCUAUACACCGUUACAAGACAUGGCAUGUGUAACAAAUGGCUAUCUAGAUACAAAAAUUGAUUGGGUUGCAGGGAUGAAAGACAUGACAUUGAGGGAUUUUCCAAGUUUCAUCAGAACGACGGACCCGAAUGAUAUCAUGCUAAAUUUUCUAAUAACUGAGACUGCUGCGCUUCCUAGAGGUCGUGCGCUUAUUAUAAACACAUAUGAUGCUCUUGAACAGGAUGCUUUGGAUGCAAUCUCUGCUACUCAAUCGAAUAUUUACACAGUUGGGCCGCUUCAUUUGAUGAUGAAUGAGAUUAAGGACAGGAAUAUUUUGUCCAUCAGCUCGAGUUUGUGGAAAGAAGAGGAUGGCUGCGUUGACUGGCUCGACAAAAAAGAUCCAAACUCUGUUGUUUAUGUGAAUUUCGGUAGUAUCACUGUCAUGACCGCGAAGCAGCUGACUGAAUUUGCGUGGGGCUUAGCUAACAGCAAGAAGCACUUCUUGUGGAUAGUCAGGCCCGACAUAAUAGCAGGCGACACAGCCAUGGUUCCACCAGAGUUUUUGGUUGAAACAAGCGAAAGAGGCAUGAUACUAAGCUGGUGCUCUCAAGAACAAGUCCUGAAACAUCCUGCAAUUGGAGGGUUUUUGACACAUAACGGGUGGAAUUCAACGAUUGAGAGCAUUGCAAGUGGCGUGCCAGUGAUUUGUUGGCCUUUUUUUGCUGAACAGCAGACGAAUUGCAAGUAUAGUUGCGUAGAAUGGGGAAUUGGAAUGGAAAUCAAUAAUAAUGUCAAGCGAGAUGAAGUGGAGGAGUUAGUGAGGGAGCUGAUGGAUGGCGAGAAGGGAAUGAAACUGAAGAAGAACGCGAUGGAGUGGAAAAGGAAAGCUGAGGCCGCUGCUAGUCCUGGUGGUUCUUCGUCGAAAAAUUUGGACCGAUUGGUGGAUGAAGUGCUACUAGCAGAGUAGUUAAAAUGUUGCAGCAAUACAGAGUAUAAAGGAGGUAUACUAGUAGCUCAGAGCUUCUUGUAUGCCUGUAGAAAUCACCAGAACAAAGUUUGUUUUUUACAGUUGAAUGCUAUAAAUCUUUGCAAUCCUAGAGAUUUUUUUUUAUUGCAAGUUAAAUGAUAUUACAACUGA